AUGACAGCUAAAGACUAAUAUUACAAACUCGAGGAAAUAGAGGAAGAAGGAAAUCAAUCAAAAUCGAGUGAAGAUUCAUCAGAAUCGGAUAAUCUGUUCUCAUCAUAGAGGUAGGUAAAGACUGUAAGGGCACAGAAGAAGAAGACUCUGUAUGCAGAGAAACUAAUGGCGACUUAUAAUUCCUAUUUGCAAUUUCUUGGUGGUUAACAAUUAUCUGAUAAGGAAUAAGAUGACUUGAAAUUGUUUCUUGGCAAUUUAACCCAGACAAGAUUGAAUUAACUUUCAGACAAGUACUAAUAUUUAACAGAAUAUGACUAUCAUAUGGGUGAUGUAGUUAUUGCGUAAAUAAGUUGAAUCAAUAUUAGUUUUCCAAAUCCUGACAGUCCAAAAAGUGAUGACUUAGGAACAAUGACUUAAUUGGAGGCAAUUUAAUUAUGUUUGAAUUGUUUUGCAUCCAAUAAGUAUGCUACAGAGUUUGAAGUCAUGGACAAUCUCAUUUUAAUUAAGGCAAUUGAAUAGAAUUUAUACCAUCUGCAAUCCGAUGAUGAAUUUUUGUUAAAAUAAUAUGAAGAGGAGGAUAGAAUGAGAGAAGAAUAAGAGUAAAUACUAAGUGAAGAUUCAAGCCAUAGGAAGAAUGUCCAAGAUUAAUCUAAUCGUUUGGAUACGGAGGAGAAAAAUGAAGGUAAGAAAAGUGCAAAGAGAGAAAGGUUUCAAAAUUUAAAACGAUUUGGAGGAGGAUAAAAGUUGUUUAGUGAUGAAAUUGAUAAAUUGGAACUUAAAUUGCUAAAGAUCUAUAGUUUAGACAGAAAAACAAGACAAACAGCCAUCAAAGAAGCAUUCAAUUUAGACAAUUAUAAAUUGGAUAGAUUUAUUAGAAUCAAAUUAAGUGGUGGUAAGUUUCUAGAACACAAUGAAAAAGAAAAAUGUUGGGUUCGCACAGAAAGUCAAACCAAAGAUUUAAGUACUCUUAUAAGAUUAGCUGUGAUUUUAUAAUUGAGUAAGUUGGGUUUCUUAAUGAGAUAGUUUAUAUCCAAAGAUGGUUCAACCAUUUUUCUCGUCUUGUACUAAGCAGAUUCAAAUCUAAAGAACUUGGCUCAUAAAUAUGAGAUCACCAAAUAAUUAAACUUCCAAUUUUAAGAUAUAUUCUCAUAUGAACCUGUGGAUGACAAUCUUCGACCCUUAAGAUUAAACAACAGAUUGUGGAAAUCCAAUAAUGAUUACAAAGGAGAAUUAUCAAAAAUGUUUAUUUAUUUAAAACCAAAAAUUGUGGAAUUGCUUGAAAAAAUUAAUUAUAAAUUAAUCUCAAGGGAAAUCAACCAAUCAAUGAUUAAUUAAUAGAUCUUUUCUUAAGGAGACGAAGAGGUUAUUGAUGAUUAUCCACCUCCUGAUGAUGUGUGGAAAGCAUAUUAUGCUUAUUUAACAUAUUUAGAAGAGAAAAUCACUCAUCUUAGAAAUUAAUGUGCAAUUUAAGACGAAUUUGCUUAAUUUUUCAAUAAGAAUACUAAAAGCAAAAAACCAUAUGAGAUAUAUAUGGAAAAAAACCCUGACAAACUCUAAUUUUAAGAUCAGAUCAACAGUCAGGAUAUCAACAUUCUAGAAUAAAUUUAAAAGGAAUCAGAAAUUGAAGAAUAAAUAGAUUUAAAUGGAAGGAAUAUCCAACUUGUGGAUGUUUUCCAUGGCAUUUUUAAAAUUAUAUAGGAGCAUAGAAAAUAAUAGAAAUACUAUGAUUAGAUUAGAGGUAUUUGCAAUAUCAAUGUAAAUAAAUUUAUAAGUUCUAAAGACGUCAAAGUAUUAAAGAAAGAAUAACUAGCGAAGUCAUAUUUAGACUUGUUUUAAGAUGCAUUGUACAUUACAAAUUUAGGAAGCAUUAAACCUCUUAAGACCAUUUGGGAUCUGGCAGAUAUCACUCCUUUUGAGCCAUUUAUUACAUUUAAAUUAACCUCAGAUAAGUUGGCCAAAAGUUAAUAAUGUAAAAUUAAUGCUCUUUGGAAAUAAUAUUGCAUAACAGAGACUGGCAAAAUCUCAAUAUUUUCAAAUAUGGAACGAAUUAAAAUCAAUAAUCUAGCUCUGGAUGAGAAGAUUAAUUUUACAAUUCUAAUUUCAGAUAAAUUUGUAUUGGCAAAGUUUUGUUUACAUGACAAUUAUGAAAUACAAGGGAAGAGUAAACGUUCAUUCUUUGUGCCUAUUUUUAAAUCUGAUUACAAUAUUGAAAUACUAAAGACUAAAUCUUUAUUUCAGUAUUUCUAUAAAGAAAUGGCUGAAAGGAAUUAUCUAGGUGUUAUUGGUUAGAAUAAAUAUUCGAACCAAGAAUAUCAAUUUGCUGAACGAAAACUAGAAAAUUUAGCAUUCCAAUGGAGAUUUCAAUGGAAUCAUCCUUGGUUUGUGCCCACAAAGUAAAUUCGAGAAUAUUAUGGUGAAAAGUUAGCCAUAUAUUUUCAUUUUGUCGGGUACAAUGCUUCAAUGCUGUUUCCCAUUGGUAUUCUAGGAUUAAUUAUCAGUGUAAUUCAGUUUAUUUCUAGUGAUACUAAAAGCACACUUUAUGUUUAUUUAUAUAUAAUUUUUGGAUUUAUUUAGAUCUAGUGGAGUAAUUUAAUUCAUGAUAUGUGGUAGACUAAGGAAAAGGUGUUUGCUAUGUAAUUUGGUUAAUUCAAUUAGUCUGGAGAAGAUACAACUUAAUAAAGAUCAUAAUUUUAUGGUUACUAUUCUCGUUCAAUUGAGACUGAUAAUUUAAAUAUUCUAUUCUUUACAGAUUUAUAAAGAGUUAUGAAAAAAAUUGUGUCUUUUGCUUUUUUAUUUCUGAUGGUCAUAUUCUAUGUUGGCAUUAUAGUAUCAAUUUUCAUUAUAUCUGAUGCAUUGUAAGAUGUGGAUACCUUUACAGAGCCUGGCUAUUCGACAGCGCUAUUUGAAGUCACUGUACCAGCCCUGAUAAAUUUAAUACUUGUGUUAUUGCUAGACACAGUAUUUGAUAGACUAGCAAUCGCAUUAACCGAUUAUGAGAAUCAUAAAACAAUAAAAAUGUAUGAGGCCAAUUUCAUUUACAAAAAGUUUUUUUUGUGCUUUUUUGCUUUAUGCAUUCCCAUUCUGGAAAUUCAAUUCCUUCAUACUGUAAAAUUAUUUAUAUAACUUACAUUAGAAAUUUGGUUUACAUUGUGCUCAUGGAGAUUGCUUGAAACAUUCAUGUUAUCAUUUUGCAACUAUGUUUUUGCUGUAGUUCUUGAUCAAUGUUUAUUUAAAAACUAGGUUAUUGGUAUUUAAAUUUAUUAAAGAAAUGUAUCUUAAAAUAAAAAAUCCAAAAAGGAAUGAUACAAAAUAUACUCAUCUAAAUCUCAAUGUAAGUUCGCAUCAAUCAAAAUCAUAAAACACUCAUACUAAUAAGGCCUCUGGAUCAAAUAAAAUUUCUUUAAAGCCAAGCAUAGAUCCUUUGAGAUCAAAUUAAAUGAAAAAACAGAUUUCUCAUUCAUCGAAUCCAUCAAAUCAAUUUAAAUCAAACGAGAAAAGUCCACAAGUUGAAUCAAUAUCUCAACCUCAGGAGAAGAAGCUUUAAUUCUUUCAAGAUAAUUAAAUAAAUCUUUAGAUUUAAGAUCAAAUUCUGGAUGAUUAAGAUAGUGAGCAGGCAAAGAAGUAGGAAGAUCCAUUUCAUUUAAUAAAUGAUUUUAUUGAGGAAUGUAAAUUGAUAUCAUAAUAAUGCUUUUAGAGUUUUUUGACAAAGAAUCCUAUGUGAUCAGUCCUGAGAGAUAUGGAACUGUAGAUGAUUUUAUGGAAAUAGCUAUUCAGCACUCAAUGCUUGUCUUAUUUGGAACAACAUUCCCCCUUAGUUACAUGAUAGCUUUCCUCAGAAGUCUGUUAGAAUUAUAAUGUGAUAAGUUAAAAUUGCUGAAUGAAAUGCAGAGACCUAUUCCAAUUAGUGAGAGCACUAUUGGAGUAUGGAAUAGAGUCUUAGAUGGACUAGCCUAUUUGUCCUUAGUUGUAAAUAGCGGCUAGAUAACUUCAAAGAGAGAUGAUAUUACUUCUGCUGAUGCCUUAAUAUAAAUGUCAGGUUUCUUCUUGAUUUGUCUAUUGGCUAAUUUCUUUUUGAGAUUCGUGGAAAUGACCUUAUUUAGCGAAUUGCCAUUUCAGAUUUAGGAUUUAUUGCAAAGACAAGCAUACUUGAUAAAGAAUACAGUUGAGAAAUUCAGAGGAUCAGCAGAACGAUCGUCAAAUAAAGCUAUAAAUCCAAGAAGUUUAAAGCGUUAUCCAAUUCUAAAAAUUUAUGGAACAAAGGUGAAGGAUGUUAGAAUGAAGGAAAUAGUGGAAUUGAGUUCCGAUUCAGAUGUUGAAGAUUAUGUGAAAAGAAUGGAAGAAAUAAAGGGUGUUAAACAUGAAAAGAAGAAGGUAAAGCCUAAAGUUGAGAAAAAGGCCAAAUCAAAAGAUUAAUAAGAAAAUGAAGAUGUGGAAGAAAAUGAUGAAUAAGAAGAAAACUAAAAUUUAAAGUUACUACAAGAUGCAAGUAAUAAGGAAUCAUCCAUAGAGGAAUUGCAAUAUUACUUCAAUGCUAGAAUAUCAAAUUGGGCAAUGAAGUUUAAGAUGAAAGAUACACAGGAUAAAGAAUAAUAAUUGUUGCAAAAAAUCUUCUUUUAAAAAACACUGAGUUAUCUGAAAAUGAAAGAUUAGCUAAAUCCUCAUUAGAAACAAUGGACACUUGAUAGAUAUACAUAUAGAAAGUUCUUUUUACCUAGAUCCUUGGUUCUAAUUAGAAAUUUGGAUUGGAGAAGGUACUUGAUAUUCUAAGAAGGAGAUAAAAGACUUAAAAAGUCUCUGAAAUAAUAACAAAAUAAGAAGUACGAAAAGCAAUUAGAUUUUCUUAAUAAACAUUAAGAUAUUUAAUAAAAUGUUGUUGAAAAGAUGGAAAUUUUAAAGAAGAAGAAAGAGUUUGUGAAAAAACAUGUAUGGAUUGAUGGUCGUAGUACAGUAUUUUUAAGAUCAGGUGGAGUGUGGUUUGGCCAAUUUAGGAAAAGUACCAAUAAAGUAUCAGGAGUGAAAGUAGCCGAAAGUUAUUAUAGAAUUUUAGAGAAGUAUAAAAAGGUUUGUGAGAACGAGAAUAAGGCUAUGGAACAGAACAUCUAAGAGUAGCAAUAAGAGUAGCAAAAAGAGCAGGUUGAAGAUUCAAAUAAAACUAAAAAGGAUACCAAAUUUAAACCUAUAGAUGAGUAAUUUUUUAAUUUGACUUGCAAUCUAUCAUAAACCCAACUUAAGAAAUUUUCAUCUACUUCCUUAAUCUCGCUUCUAGACUCCCUAUAAAUUAGACAUAAAGAACAUUACAUUUAUAUGUUGUCAUCCAAAGGAGUCAGUUAGGUUGAAUAUUAGUUAGAUAAUUAUAUCACAAAUGAAUUGAGAAAACAAAAUAGGAUUAUGAAUUUCUCAUACAUUCCAUUUAGGGUACAAGCUCCAUUCCUAAAACUCAAUUAGAUGUAGAUUUGGGAAUUGUUUGUUGAAGAAUAGAUAAGGUAAACUCAACCCAAAAUCAAUCUACUCUAUAGAAUAGACAAAAAGAAGGAUUAAUUUGCUUCCAAUAUUCAUACAAAUAUAUUUGGUCUGCAACCUCAAAAUAAAAGGUGGCUAAUGUCCUAUGUCGACGUUCCUUAAAGAGAUGAUAUCAUGCUCUAUUACUCAACUGAAAUAGCAUAUAAUAGGAACAUUUUUAAGGAUUUCAUCAAUAGGGUCUAUCGAUUUUAUGAUAUUGUAGAGGGACCUGAUUUUGCGAGCUUGAAUUUACCUAUUGGAAUUGCCAAACUUAGCUAUAUGAAAAUUCAAAAACAACCCCAAUUUUUUAAUAUAAGAGAUCCCUUAGUUAAAGGUUAUUUAUGCAGAGCCUAUAAUCCUCCUAAAGCUUUUAAGUUUUGCAACGGGAGAACUCUCAAGGAUGUCAUCAAGGAGAGGAAAACAAAAUAUACAGACAAUGAAAUUUCGAACUUUAUCACUUCAACCAUUAAAUUAUUAGAUUUUUUAGAAACCAACAUGGGUAUGUUUCAUGGUUGUCUAAAUUUGGAUAGUUUCAUUCUAGUUGAAAAAACUGAUAAAUCAAAAUAUUUAUAGUAUGUAGUAUUCGAUUUUGGAAUGUUCUUUUGGUAUGAUCUCAAUACUGAAAGAACAUAUUUCAUAAGAUCUAUAUAAUAAAAUGAUGAAUUAUGGUAUAUGAGUCCAGAAUUGUUAACUAACUAUCUUAAACCAAAUAAUUAAUUACCAAUUAAUCCAUAGAAAUGCGAUAUCUACUCAUUAGGAAUGGUAAGUCUUUAGAUGGCCACCCUUGGAUAAAUGAAGUUUGAUGUAGAAAAAUCCCUCUAAGAAUAUGAUGGGGAUGUUGGGUUUACAGUCAGAAAAUGGAUGAUGAAUAACAAGAAUCAAUUGAUACAUGAAUAUCCUAAUUCCAGCUAAUUGAUAAUGUAGCUGUUGCACCCAGAUUAUAAGUUAAGACUGUAUCCUUCAGUAAUGGCAGCUAAGUUUUAAGGUAGAAGUUUAUUUCAUGAGAAUGGAAUAAGUAAUUAAAACUUUGAUGAGGAAUUGGAACUAAUGAAAUAAAAAAGAUUUUGCCCAACUUUCUAUGAAAAUAUAUUGGAUGAAUUGAAUGGGGGCCAAUCUACAACUCAAGUUUUUGUAUCCAUCAAGUCAUUUUUAAAGUAGGCUAUUUUUUCAUUUGAAUAAUAUCUGAUUUUGGGACAACUCGAAAAAUUUGAUGAAAUGUCUUAGGAUUUUGAGGAAAUUCUCAUUCAAAAGUACUUCCUUACUUCUAUCGAAUAGUCUUAAGAAGAAAUGUCAGACUUUUAUAGUCAUUUUCAACUUUAUUUUAAAUCCAACAUUGUGAAAUUAAUUUAGAAUAAUUUAGAUGAAUUCAAGUAUUUUAUCUUCUACUUUCAAUACAAAAUAAUGUUUUUUGUCUAUAUGAAUCGAUUAGAUUUUGGUAUGAAAUAGUGCGCAUUAUUAAUCAAUUUGUUAAAUGAUUUUGAAGAAAUAAUAAAUGAAGUUAUCCUGCUAAGCUAAUCUGAUAAAAGUCCUGCGAUUUAAGUAAAGUUUAAAAAUGACGAAAACCUCAUUCUCAAUCUAUUACAAUUACAGAAGGAUGACUAUUAGUCAUCAAAGUUUAUGAAAUCAUUUUCCCAUUAUAUCAGAGUCUAUAUGUUUCAAAUGCAAAUUUUAUCUUCUUCUAUAUGCAAUCUUCAGAGCAUGUAUUAAAUUGGUAUUGAACAAACCACAAAAUUAGUCACAGAUUAAUGGAAUGAAAUCAAAUAUGACCUUAAAUAUUUAGAAAAGGAGGGUAAUUACUUUCUUUUAACAAAUUCAAUCUACAUUAAAUUAUUGAAUAGAUUAUACAUUUAAUUUAUUUAAUUAUAAUUGUAGUUUGAUAGUUUUGACAAAAAUGCUCUGAAUACAGCAAAUGAACUAUUGGAUGACAUCUAAUUGAUGCAGCAAUUUAUUUCUAAUGAAAAAAUCACUGAAAAGCAGAGUGUAAUCAAAUCAAUCGUUAGGUGUUCAAAACAUAAAUAAUUAAAUGAAGAUUUAAUGAAGUCAUCUUUGGCUUAUUUGAAUUACUAUGAAAAUCAAGUUAAGUUUAUUUUACUAUCUAUUUAUAACAGAAAUAAGGAGUUUUCACAAACAGAAAACAUUGCUUAUUAAUUAGUUAGACAGAUUAUAUCAUCUAAUUGUGUAUUGGAGUAAUUAAAUUUUAUUCCUAUGAUUGGCUGGAUUGGGGAACACUACUCUGAAACUAACCAACAGGAGAACAUGUAAAAUGUGUAUAAAUUUAUAAUAUAACUGAUGGAAGAGCAAUUUAUGAUCUAUGAGAGUUUCUAAAAAGAGUCUACAAUUUACUUUAACCAUUUAAAAGUUGCCAUUACUUAGACUAUAUUUUAUUGUUCUUAAUUGCUUUAUUAUAAUGUUUUAGCAAUGAGUAACGGAAUCUAUUAGGGAUUCAUGCAAUUAAUCUAGUCUCAUAAUCUGUACGGAAACGACAAUCUAUUGAGUCACAUCAUCCAAAUCAAAUUGGUUCAUGUGUUAAUUGAGAAUCAAUAGCAUCAGUACCCCUACUAUUUCAGAUAAAAUGAAGAUCAGCUAGAUUACAAUUAUGAUGUUCCAAACUCUGUAUUUAGUCAAUCUCUAAUUUCCUGUUUACUAAAGUUAUACAAAUUUACCGAAAAAUACCUAUUAGUUACUGAAGAGUCAGAGACUAAUGAGAUAACCUGGUUUUAGGAUGAGAAAAUUAGUUAAUUAAAACUAGAGUUAUUGUAUGGUUAUACUUUCAUCUUAAGUAAACAGAAUGUGGAAUCUGAAAAUCAUCAUCAUUUUACUGAUUUGUAAAUGGCCAUUAGAAAAUACAUCUUAAUUAUUCAAGAAAAAUUAUAAAACUAAAACAUCUUUGUAAUUAUUGAAAAUAAGAUUCUCUAUACAAGAGUAUUAUAAUUAUCCUAUGAUUAUUAAGAGGCCUUUGAUCAUAUUAAAAUAGUCGAACUAUUGUAAUAAAUUCCAUUAAAAGAAGAAGAGAUUACAGAUCAAUAAACAGCCUCUUUAUAAUAAAUCUUUUUUUCUAUACUCGACAUCCAUGUGAAUAAUACUUAUUACUAUAAUAAUCAAUAAUCUUAUAAAUAGAUGAUGUAAUUGGAGGAAAUGCAAUUUAUAAAGAGUCAUAAGACAUUUUAAAUUCGAUUUCUGUUGAUUAAACUGAUGGAUUUCUUCUUAAAAUGUUAGCAAUUAGAAUUAAAUAAUGAACUAAUUAAGUUUUUGUUUACUUUGUAUUAAAACAAAGCCAAGAUGUUGAAAAGGGAGAAGUACACAUUAAAAUUAGCAUUGGAAAUCAGUAGAUUGAGAACAUAUGUUUUAUCUGAAGAACUAAGACAAUUAGUAGAAAAAUAGGAUAAGAAAGAUAAUAUCAAAAUUUAAGAUUUGUUUGAGCAAAUUCAGACAGCACAUAAUGUAUUGGUGGAGAGCAAGGAAAAAAAAUAAAAGAAAAAGAAGGGCAAGCAACCAAGAUUGAAUACAAAUUCUGAUAUCAAUCGAUAUUUGUUAGCUCAAUAAUUAGAGCAAUAAGACAUGGAUAAAAUUUAGACAGGAUUCAUACAUAUUGAUGAUAAGGAUCAAGGAUUUGAUAAUUAGAUAGCCUUAUGUCAAUUGGGAGUGAAGUUGAUCGUUUAUCAAUUGCAUGUGGGAUAAUUUAGAGACGCUGAUUCUAUGGCUUAUAAUAUUAAACGAAAGUUAUUUGAUUUGAUCUAUUAUGAAAUUUGCAGAAUGGCAUUGAAUUGGCAAAGCGAAAAGAUUUUCUUGAAAUCAAAUGCUACAGAAAUAUCGGUUAAUCAAUUAUUUAAAGCAUUGAACAUUCAUAAUUUAAAUUUUGAAAAUUAUGAACACAAUUUAUUACACAACAUUGAGCCAAUAAAACAAAUUGCUUUAAAUGUGAGAAAUUUCUUAGUGUUAAAAUAAGUGUUAUUUAUGCGUUUGCUUUAUUCUUAUGUAGAAGGUUUGUAAGCAUUGUGUAUAAUUAUGAAAGGAGAUUUCAAAUUAUCAAAAUAAAACUUAAAUUUGUAAAUAAAUUGAUUAUUUUUAGCGUUUAAACCUUUGGUGAAUCAAAUAUAGAUGAGAUUUCAGGAUUAAUCACUGAUGUUUUAAUGUUAUUUGAGAUCACAACAGCCGAUUUCACUUCUGCAUCAAAUAAAGCUAUUAAAUUGCUGAAAUUGCUUUAAAAAAGAAUCAAGUAAACAAAUAUUUAAUUGUAAACCCAUUGGAUUUACAGUGAGUUUGAUGAUACAAGAGUUCAAAAGCAAAGAGUAUUCAUAUUUAUAUUAUUGAUAGAUUUAUCAUCCAAUCUCAGUUGAAUAAAUCAUUUCAUUUGAGGAGGCUGAUGAAUUGCAGCAAUUUACUGAAGUUAAGUUCUCUUAUGAGGAAACUUUAACGAAAACAGCAUUGAGGCCUUACUUUGAAAUAGCUAAACUAACAACUGAGGCUUAUUUUGCCUAUAUAGAAUCUUUGAUACAGCAACCUAAGAUCUUGAUAUAGUCUGUUGAUCCAAUAUUCUAUGCUUAAAAAUACGUUCAGCAAUAGUAUGGUUUGUAACAUAUUUUCAAUGGCCAUUUAUAAAGAUUGAUAGCAACAAUGUAUUCAGAGUUUCUGAUCAACAAAAGAGUGAAAGAUUUAGAGGUUGCUUUGUAAUAAGAUUCAGACAAGAAGAUCAAGUUCCUCAAACAAGAAAUUACAGCAAAAACCAGAGUAUAUUUGGAGUCUAGAGUGAAAAAUAAAUGCACACAAUAAAUGGAGAAGGUAUUGAAUAACAUAUAAUAAAUAAUAGAAAUUCCAAGAAACUAAACAAUUUUUAAAGAGUAAGAUAAAGACAUUGAAAACCAUAAGAGAUGGAAUUUCAUAUGAUGUAGUUUGCAGAUGGUCAUUGUAAGCAGCGAAUGAAUCGCUUGCAAUUUAUUAGAAAUAUUGCAUAGAAUUCAAAUAUGAAUCAAAUCCUUAUUUAGGUAGUUUGUAUUCAACUUUUGCAAACAUUUUCUUCGUAAAUAUUUUAAUAACUUCAAGGUAUAAAAUAAGAUUGUGUCCACUUAACAGUAUUUAGAAAAGGUUAAAAACACUUUGGAAUACUGUUACACAUCUAUUUCAAAUCCAGAUUAUUGCAGAUAUUUCUAUUAGUUAGGAUAUUUGAGAUUGCAUGUUUUUUCGAUAAUAAAAAUGUAUAUUGAGGCAUUAAUUGGUCUUGCAAGAUUGAGUAAUAAAUAUUUUAUAUUUGAAUAGACCCUUCUGAAAAGUUUGAGGUUCUUCUUGCAAUAAUAACAGAAAAUGAGAAAUUCUUGUAUCAUUUUGAUUAGUACUGUUCUCAUGGGUUUUUCCUAUUUUUGGAAAUUAACAUUCUGAAGCAGUUGGCACAAGAACGUGUAAUCAGAGAUAGAUUGACUUAAUCUUAUCGCAAAGAUGAAUAAGAUUUGAUUCGAUAUUUAUAAAUAGAAGGAGACAAACUAGCAUUUUAAAAAACGAUAGAUGCAAAUUCCAAACCAUAUGCUCAUGUUGUUGAAAACGUAUACAAAGAUGCUGUCCAUCUCAUUGAAAAGUAAACUCAUAAAUUCAAUCCCGAUUAUACAGGAUUAGAUUUGUUCAUUAAAGUAACAAUCCAUUUAAAUUAUUAGGCAUUCUAAAUCUGCAAAUUAUUAUUGACUAGUGAUAACACUAUCUAUUAGAAGAUCCUGACACUUGUUAAUAAGCUAUCAAAUAGAAAGAAUAGCUUAAUUUGA